AUGGGGGGUCUCAGCUUCCUAAUCGACUUUGUCGUAGAGAAAAUACAGGAGGCGAAGAUUUGGCUAUACGACGAGGCAUCAUUCUCGGGGCCUCUGCAGUACCUAUGUUGGGUCCUGUAUCCACUACUUCUCAUCUUGUUUGCCACAGGGUUCACCCACCUUGUGUCCCCACAGGCCAUUGGUUCUGGUAUUCCAGAAAUGAAGACCAUAUUGCGUGGGGUUGUGCUCAAAGAAUUCCUCACGUUCAGGACACUUGUCUCAAAAGUUGUGGGCCUUUCUUGUUCGCUUGGUAGCACGCUACCCUUUGGAAAAGAAGGACCAUUUGUACAUAUAGCAAGUAUUGUUGCAAACUAUCUGGGGAAGUUGACCUCAUUCAAAUCCGUUUAUGAGAAUGAGUCCCACCGGAUGGAGAUGCUGGCAGCAGCGUGUGCGGUAGGAGUGUCUGGGACAUACGCUGCACCAAUCGGAGGAGUAUUAUUCAGUAUUGAAGUAACAGCGACGUAUUUUGCUGUUCGUAACUAUUGGAGAGGCUUUUUCGGAGCUGCUUGUGUUGCCGUUGUCUUUCGGUUGUUGGCUUUCUGGUUCAAUUAUACAGAAACGUUUACGGCUUUGAUUAAAACAUCAUUGCAAACACAAUUCCCAUUUGACCCUGUGGAAUUAUUAGCAUUCUCGUUUAUUGGUGUUGCAUGUGGACUUAUUGGGGCGUUAUUCAUAUUAUGCCAUAGAAGAAUCAUAUUGUUUACGAGAAAAAAUAAAACGUUGUCAGCGUUUCUGCAGAGAAGUCGCUUUAUCUACCCAGGGGUCGUCGUUCUAUUUGUCACCUCCUGUACAUUUCCUGCAGGCAUCGGUCAGUUCUUCGCUUCUCAUCUUACCCACAGAAAGGCGCUCGGUGAGUUUUUCAGCAACCUAACGUGGAGUGACAACAAGGCGAACAACCUGAAUGACGAGGCUAUACUCCGCAACUGGAACCUACCCGCCACAAACAUCUACGUAACACUGGUUUUGUUCAUCAUCAAUACGUUUUGGAUGACUGCCAUUUGUAACACCUUACCAAUACCUGCAGGAGUAUUUGUGCCUGUAUUUACUAUGGGGGCUGCUUUUGGGCGCUUGGUCGGCGAGGUCAUGGCGGCCUGUUUCCCUAAUGGGGUGAAAUCAGGAGACGUUAUACAGAAGAUAAUCCCUGGCGGAUAUGCGCUAGUCGGUGCUGCCUCAUUGUCUGGUAGUGUCACGCGGACCAUUUCUACGGCUGUGAUAGUCUUUGAGCUUACGGGUCAGAUCUCACAUGUAUUGCCCGCUGUCAUUGCAGUGUUGCUCGCCAAUGCUACAGCCAACUUAUUCCAGCCAUCUUUUUAUGACAGUAUUAUAAGGCUGAAACGCCUGCCUUACUUACCAAACAUUGAGUCUUCCAACUCAUGGAGUUCAUACGUUGAGGACAUAAUGGUGUCCAAGGUGCAGUCUAUCUCCUUUGAGUCCACGUACAAGGAGUUGAAGGAGAUGCUGGAGACGUCCAAACACCGAACAUACCCUCUUGUGGACUCUCCAGAUUCCAUGACUUUGCUGGGAUCCAUUAAGAGGUUUGAACUAGAGCGGAUGUUAUGGGUCCACCUGAGUCAAGAUCAGAAGGUGUUUCUGUCAGUUGACGGCGACCAGUUCGUGAAUUCCGUGCUGUCAACACCUAGCUCUUCUAGGGCAUCAACACCACCACCAAGAGUAGAGAUUAUCCCUCCUACCCCAGAGGACUCGCCGAAAUCUCGUUUCAUUGUAUCGAGAGCGGAUGAGACAGAGUCCACCUCGAAGACGUUCAAGCCAUCGAUGUUCACGAUAAGACGUCCAUCCACUUCAUCUUUAGUGAGUUACUCAACAGAGAACCUGAGGGAGGCUGACCAGCUGCGCCAGUACCAAACGAUGGUCUUGCCUUUAAGGUCCAUCCUUAAACAAAAACUUCAAGGAAAACAAAGACAAAAAUCCCACAGUACUUCCGAUUUACAGAGUGGGCUUAAUUCACAUUUCCGCAGAUUGUCCAAGACUCGUAGAGAUAGCAUAGUUGAAGACAUUCCAUUCGUUUUGCGGAGUGAUAGCAUUCAGCGAUUGGCCAAAAAAGUCAAGUUGCCUCAGGCAGUAAAGGUGAAGGAUCUGUCUCUGGACAAGAAAGAGGCUUGGGAACAAGGUCAGCUGGCAAAAACCAUUGAAUGGGAAGGUUGUCAGAUAGACCCAGCCCCCUUCCAGUUGGUAGAGAGGACAUCAUUACACAAGGUUCAUUCCUUAUUCUCCCUCCUCGGCCUGAACCACGCCUAUGUCACCAACACGGGUCGUCUCAUCGGAGUUGUGGCGCUGAAAGACUUAAGAAAAGCGAUACAAGGCCACAUUGACGCAGAACACGAAAAGAAGAAACCAUCAAAGAAAAAUAAUGACAACACACAGUCGGUCAAUAACACUGAAACGGACACAGAAGAUUACAUAUUGAACGAUCCCCAGCAGUUGGAAGUAGAACACUCCCAGGAACCAGAUCACUAUAGACUUGUUAACCGAUUUAACGGAAAGUUCAAAUAUAUACCGGAAAGUGACACAGACACUGAGGCCAACUCAUAAGUUUGAGCCGAUCCUCAGCAGUUGGAAGUAGAACACCCACAGGAACCAGAUCACUAUAGACUGGUUAACCGAUUUAACGGAAAGUUCAAAUAUAUAACGGAAAGUGACACAAACACUGAGGCCAACUCACAAGUAUUGAGUACUCAGGAAAUAAAUGUUUCAUUAUUUAUUUUAUGCUUAACGAUGGUUUAUAGAGAAAUAUCAGUGAAUUAAAACUGAUAUCUGACUGUGUCAUACAAUGAAAAAUAUCCGUGAAAGUUAUCGAUAAUUGUCAUUGUUUUACCGGUACUAUUUUAUAUAUAUAUAUAUAUAUUUGGUUUCCACAUUUUGACCCCUCUUAUUUUACCAAGUGUGACUACCCAGCAUUGAAUGUUUAUAAAAACAUAUGGAUUAUAUACCUAUAAUUACAACUUUAGGCGCCCAACGGAGAAUUAUAUUGUCCGCAACGGAAAAAAUGCAAAAAUUUGUAAGCAUAAAAUAAAGACAUGUUGAAUUCGAUGGAAUAUCGAUUUCAAAUCACUCGUGUCUGCGCCACUCGUGAAAAUAUCAUUUUCUAUGAUCACUCGUAAAUUAAAAUUGAUAUUCCACCAAACCAAGCUCAUAUCUCUAUUUACUUACUGAAUAUUUCAUCUUUUGAUUAGAGCUACUGGUUAUGGACCGAAAGCAAUAACACGUUAAUCUAUCAAAUAAUGUUCAUAUGCAAUUUCAUUAAAUAAAAUUGCAUCUGAGUC